GCAUUGGUUGAUUGUUUCCGUAAAGAAGUAGUGUUUCGAAGUCCAGGAAAACCGGAAAUCACCUUCCGUGGUGAGAGAAACAUUCUCUCCUCUUGCCUGAUUUCGGCCAUUACGGCUGAAAAGCUUAUGAAUAAAGGUUGUCAGGCUUAUUUAGCACACAUUGUGGAUACAAAGAGGGCGGUGUUGAACAUUGAGGAUAUUCCUGUGGUCAGGAAGUUUCCGGAUGUGUUUCCUGAUGAACUACCUGGUUUACCUCCAGAAAGGGAAAUAGAUUUUACCAUUGAGUUGCUCCCUGGUACUGCACCUAUAUAUCAGGCACCUUAUAGAAUGGCCCCAGCUGAGUUAAAGGAGUUGAAGACCCAGUUACAGGAGUUGUUGGAUAAAGGUUUCAUUCGGCCAAGUGUGUCCCCUUGGGGUGCGCCGGUGCUUUUUGUUAAGAAGAAGGAUGGCACUUUGAGGUUGUGUAUUGAUUAUAGAAAAUUGAAUAAGGUCACAGUGAAGAACAAGUAUCCAUUACCACGGAUUGAUGAUUUAUUUGACCAAUUGCGGGGUGCCAAAGUCUUUUCUAAGAUUGAUUUGAGGACAGGUUAUCACCAGCUACGGAUAAGAGAGUCCGAUGUACCCAAGACCGCAUUCCGAUCACGUUAUGGUCACUACGAAUUUGUGGUGAUGCCUUUUGGAUUAACCAAUGCUCCUGCAGCCUUUAUGGAUCUCAUGAAUCGAGUAUUCCGCCCAUACUUGGACCGUUUUGUAAUUGUGUUCAUUGAUGACAUUCUGGUUUACUCCAAGAGUGAGGAGCUUCAUAUUAAGCAAUUGAGGCUUGUACUUCGGACUUUGAGGGAGGCUAGACUGUAUGCUAAGUUGAGUAAGUGUGAAUUCUGGCUUAACAGCAUAGGAUUCUUGGGUCAUGUGGUAUCAGCUGAAGGUAUUAGUGUGGAUCCUCAGAAGGUGGAAGCGGUUUUGAAUUGGGGAAGACCCACCACAGUGACGGAGAUUCGUAGUUUCUUGGGUUUAGCCGGUUAUUAUCGGCGGUUCGUGCAGGAUUUCUCUAAGCUUGCAGCCCCCCUCACUAAAUUGACCAGGAAAAGUGCUAAAUUUGUUUGGUCGGAUGAGUGUGAGCAAAGUUUCCAAGAACUCAAAAGACGUUUAACUUGUGCCCCAGUUUUAGUAUUGCCUGAUGAUAGCGGGGAGUAUGUGAUUUACAGCGAUGCCUCAAGACAAGGUUUAGGUUGUGUGUUGAUGCAGCAUGGAAAUGUGAUUGCUUACGCAUCUAGGCAGUUGAAACCUCACGAAAUGAACUACCCGACUCAUGACCUUGAGCUUGCUGCUGUAGUUUUGGCACUUAAGCUAUGGAGACACUACCUUUAUGGAGCCCGAUGCCAGAUUUUUACGGAUCACAAAAGUCUCCAAUAUCUACUUGACCAAAGGGACUUAAAUUUGAGGCAAAGGAGGUGGUUAGAGUUGAUUAAGGAUUAUGAUUGCACUAUCGAGUACCAUCCAGGAAGGGCCAAUGUGGUAGCGGAUGCACUUAGUCGAAAGCCCUCUAGCUCUUUAGCCCAUUUGAAGACAGUUCGAGUCCCUUUACUUUAUGAAUUGCGAUCUACAGGAGUUAAUUUGGCGAUUGAAGAAGGGUCUGGAGCAUUGUUAGCUAGCUUCCAUGUGAGGCCGAAUCUCAUUGAUAGGGUGCGGGAGGCACAAGAUGAAGAUGAAUAUUUAAGACAAUUAAAAGAAGCAGUGAGUGAUGGUACUAGAACGGACUUUAUUCUUAGAAGAGAUGGAGCCUUGAUGUUUGAGAAUAGAAUGUGUGUACCUAACCUUCAUGAUCUUAAACGGGAAAUUUUGGAGGAGGCUCAUAGUUCUGCUUACGCUAUGCAUCCUGGCGGGACAAAAAUGUAUCGAACUUUGAAACCAUACUAUUGGUGGAGAAAUAUGAAAAGGGAAAUUGCAAAGUAUGUGAGUAGGUGCUUGAUAUGCCAACAGGUAAAAGCAGAAAGACAGAAACCUUCAGGAUUGCUACAGCCGUUGCCUAUUCCGGAGUGGAAGUGGGAGCACAUCACCAUGGAUUUUAUUUCAGGUCUUCCACGAACUCGCGAUGGUCAUGAUAGUAUUUGGGUGAUUGUGGAUCGACUCACCAAGUCUGCUCAUUUCUUACCUGUUAACAAGACUUAUGGGAUGAACAAGCUGGCGAAACUUUAUGUGAAUGAAAUCGUGAAACUUCAUGGACCACCCGUUUCCAUUGUCUCUGAUCGAGAUCCUCGUUUCACCUCAAAAUUUUGGAAGAGUCUGCAUGAGGCUUUAGGUACUGGAUUAAGUUUUAGCACGGCAUUUCAUCCACAGACUGAUGGGCAAUCUGAGAGAACUAUCCAAACCUUGGAAGACAUGUUGAGAUCAUGUGUUAUGCAAUUCAAAGGAAGUUGGGAUAGCCAUCUGGCAUUGAUUGAGUUUGCUUACAAUAAUAGCUAUCAUUCCAGUAUUGACAUGGCUCCUUACGAAGCUCUCUAUGGAAGACAGUGCCGUACUCCUUUAUGUUGGAAUGAAGUGGGAGAAAGAAAGCUCAUAGGUCCAGAGAUUGUACGGAUUACCACCGAAAAGGUUAAGUUGAUCCAGGAGAAACUCAGGACUGCUCAGAGUCGACAAAAGAGUUAUGCGGAUAACCGCAGGAAAGACUUGGAAUUUCAAGAGGGUGAUUGGGUAUUCUUGAAAUUGUCCCCUUGGAAGGGUGUAGUAAGAUUUGGAAAGCGAGGGAAGCUUAGUCCCCGAUUUAUUGGACCUUUUAUGAUUAAAGAUCGAGUUGGCCCAGUUGCAUACAGACUGAUUCUACCUCCGAGGUUAUCAAAGAUUCAUGAUGUCUUCCACGUGUCCCUGCUCCGCAAGUAUAUUGCUGAUCCCUCCCAUGUUUUAGAAGAACAGCCCAUUCGUUUGAAGGAGGACCUUACUUAUGAGGAGAAACCGAUCCAGAUACUCGACAGGAGAGAGCAGGUCCUUAGAAACAAGACGAUACCUUUAGUUAAAGUAUUGUGGAGUAAUCAUUUGGUGGAAGAAGCCACUUGGGAACCGGAAGAUUUAAUGAGACGACAGUACCCCCAUCUGUUCUGACAGAUUGCAGUGUUGUUGCU